CUGAAGUUUUAGAAUCAUUCGGAGCCGCCACCGUCAGAAUUUUGCCGAUAAUCCCAGGCACGUUUAUGGCGUCGCCAUGGGGACCGAUAGGGGAUGCUGCUAGCGUUGCGCAGCUACUGGGACUCGAUGCCGUGAGCCUCAUCUCCCUGAUUGUGACAGCCGCCGCCAAGGCACGAAUGCACAAAACCAAGUGCAAGGCCUUCUCGGAUUAUGCGCAGAUGGUUUGCGCCCUCAUAGAGCCGCUCAAUCUGUCGGAGUUCAAUGCAACCCCCGUGACGAGGGCGCCAUUGCAACGGCUGGAGGAUGCACUAAAGAAGUCGUACCUCCUCGUCAGGAGUUGCCAAGACCGCAGCUUUCCUUAUCUUUUUAUAAUGGGGUGGAAGAUUGAGCGUCAGUUCAGGACUGCAGAGUUGGAGAUCGAUCGCUACCUGAAGCUUAUUCCACUUGUCAAUCUUGCAGAACUCCAUAAACUGAGGAGGGAAAGAAGAGAGUCGACUAGAAACGAUCAACCUCAACAUUCUACUUAUGGAGACUCUGUGCAAAAUGCUCCAUCAAGUUCUGGAAGAUCAGGGAGGGAAACAAAUAGAAAUUAUAUGCAUGUGGUUAAAGAUGCACUCUAUCGAAUCUUCAAAUCUAGAAAAAGUCUCAAAGAUCAAAUAAGAGUUGAAUCUGAACAGGCUGAAGUUAGUCAGGAAGGACAACUCCGGAUCUUCAGACUCAACGAAUUGAGGGAGGCUACAAAUUGCUUUGCAUAUCAGAACAUUAUUGGGAGUGGAGAAUUCACCACUGUGUACAGAGGCAUAGUGGACAAUAUUCCUGUCGCUAUUAAGAAAUGGGAUUCCUAUGCAGACGGUUUACAGGAGUGGGAGAAUGAGAUGAAUGUGCUAUGCAAUAUGAGACAUCCUAAUCUUAUCAAGCUCUUGGGCUGCUGUAAUGGACACAAUGAGAUUAUUCUUGUCUAUGAGUUGAUGAAUAAUGGAGACUUGGAACAAUUCCUUAGUAGAGGUGAUAAGCCACUGUCGUGGGAGCAAAGGAUUAAAAUAGCAACUGGUGUUGCUAGAGCUCUUGCAUUUCUGCAUACACCAGAGAACAACAUCAUUCAUCGCGUCAUCAAACCGGCCGUCAUCCUUCUUGGCCGGGAGUUCAAUGUAAAGCUUUCUGGCUUGGGGUGUUCGAGGGGAGGCCCAACCGAUGGAGCAACUAGAGUGUCAACUCAACUCAUGGGCACGGCUGGAUAUAUAGAUCCUGUGUAUGCCAUGACUGGUCAUCUGGAUGCAAAAGCUGAUGUGUAUGCAUUUGGGAUAGUAAUGCUUCAACUGCUUUCUGGCCUGAAGGUGUUUGAUCAUAGCCGACCACGUCAGAAACAACACUUGGUCUCAUUCGCUUCUGGCUUCAUAACUGAUGAGAAUAACUUGCGUGGAUUCAUGGAUCCAAAACUUGGCAACCAAUAUCAAUUGAACCAUGCUUUUAAAUUAGCGAAACUAUGUCAAAUGUGUGUUAGCCAUGAAGGCUAUCUUCGACCUCACAUGCAAACUGUAUUGGAGGUCCUUGAGAGGAUUGCCCCAGUACAAGUUGAAGCUUGCUCUGUAUCUUCAGCUUCUGAGUGAUGAUCAGGUGCAAAAUUCCUAGUAACUACUAGAAGUUCCAAGUUGAUGAUCACUUUGAUUAAAGUAACUUGUCAUCAUUCAAAUAUGUGUAUUAGGAUUCUAUGAUGAUGCAUGUUCUGUAUAAGAUGUAUCCAAGGAACAGUAGAAAAUUGUUAUCUCAGAAUUGUCUACUUUUUAGCUUCCUUAAUUUCAACACUUUUUCAUAGUUAAAAAACUAGCACAAAUAUGGUACCAAAGCAAUAUCUUAUCUUCAUAUGGUAAGUAUUCUGAGAUAGUUUUGAUGUGGUCAAUCGAGUUAAAUUAUGUUAUGUUUAUGUUUGAUGUUUUGUGUUUAAGUGUGCAGGAACUUAAGAGCACAAGAAGUCGAGCAGAAGAUGCAGCGGAUGACAAAGAUGACACAGGAAGGGAGUCGACGGGCUCGGUGCAUUCAAGGGAUGAAAAGCUGCGAAAGAGUGCACUGGUGGACGAGAAGGAUGUGCACGAUAUUCAAGGGACGAGAAGUCAGGAAGGAAGUCUGCUUGAGGAGAAUGUUGGAGUUGUGUUCGAGUGAGCUCAAUUUCAGAUAGUCGGAGCAUUACCCAAGUGAGCUCGAAGAAAAGGCAACUCUAAAGUUAACUUUAGAGUCUACCAGAAGCUGCUGAAGGCGCUUCAAGGAGUUGAGAGACGCCUUCAACUCCAGCUCAUGGAAGACGUCUUUUAUCGUGCUGAAGGCGCUUUCGAGCCCUUAUGGAACCGUUAGCUGAAGAUAAAGUUUUAUCUUUGGUGGUUAAAACUUAUCUUAUUGAAGAUGCCUUGGACCAUCUUGAAGCGCUUUCGAGCAACGAAUAUGUUUUUUCAAAGUUAUAAAAAGACCAUUGGAGCUAGGAGUUCAGUAACUUUUGUAUUAACUUCCUAGUUACUUUCUGAGUAUCAAAUAGUGUAAGAGGUUUCUCUGCCUUCAACGAAAGAAUUUUAGUACGUUUUCAA